AUGACGCAUUCUCUUCAAACCCUCUAUAAAAGAGGGAAUCAACGACAUAAUUUGAUAGCUUAUUCUUAUAUCCUAGAUUUCACAGUGGCUCAGACAGGGGUUUGUUAUGGAAGGAACGGGAAUGGAUUGCCACCUCAAGCAGAAGUCAUCGCGCUAUACAACCAGAAUAACAUCCGAAGAAUGAGAAUCUACGACCCAGAUCAGGCUACUCUUCAGGCUCUUAGAGGCUCCAACAUUGAGCUCAUAUUAGGUGUCCCAAACGAUAACCUUCAGAACCUUGCUGCUAGCCAAAAUAAUGCAAAUACUUGGGUUCAAAACAAUGUAAGAAACUAUCCUAAUGUCAGGUUUAGAUACAUUGCAGUUGGAAAUGAAGUGAGUCCAUUGAAAUCGGACACAUCUCAGUAUGUACCAUUUGUCCUCCCUGCCAUGAGAAAUAUUCAAACUGCAAUUUCAGCAGCUGGACUUGGGAACCAGAUUAAGGUUUCUACUUCCAUUGAAACUGGUAUGAUCGAAAAUUCUUAUCCUCCAUCAAAUGGUGUAUUUCGAGCUCAAGUUCGAGACUAUAUUCAAGGGAUCAUUCAGUUCUUGGUAAACAACAGAGCCCCUCUACUUGUCAACAUAUACCCCUAUUUUGCACGCACUGGUAAUCCGCAACAGAUUACUCUCGAGUAUGCUCUUUUUACGUCAGAUGGAAUCGUAACGCCUGAUGGAACGCGGUACCAAAAUCUUUUCUACGCCUUAUUAGAUGCCAUGUACGCAGCCCUUGAAAAGUCUGGUGGCUCAUCUCUGGAAAUUGUUGUAUCCGAGAGUGGUUGGCCUUCGGCUGGAGGACAAGACGCGUCCAUUGAUAACGCAAGGACCUAUAACACGAAUUUGGUGCAACGUGUAAAGACAGGAACCCCAAAGAGGCCUGGAAGAGCAAUAGAAACUUACAUUUUUGCUAUGUUUGAUGAAGAUCAGAAGAGCCCCGAGUAUGAGAAAUUUUUCGGGCUCUUUCGACCAAACAAACAAGCUAAGUACCCAAUCAGCUUUAACUAAUUCUAGAUAACAAGUGUAUCAAUAAGGAGGAUAAUACUCUAGAUCUGGGACUUACAAGUUCUAAAUAAGAACUCCUCCAGUUUAUUUGACAAGCAAUAAAGAGCAGCAUGAAUAGUCAACUACGAUGGCAAUAAAGAAGGAAUUGAAUCAACAGUGAGCUACUUUCUAUUCUGUUUAUGUUUUUUCUUUUUUUCUUUUUUUUUUAUUUUUUUUUUUUUGAAUCCGUAAACAGACCAAAGGACUGCUGCAACAGAUUCUAUUGAAAGGAUAUUAAACUU